AUGGUGGUCAGGAAAAAGAAAGGCCGCCGGGCGGUGGCCGGGCCGGCGCCGGCGGCGACCACGGCGACUGCGCCGGCGAUUACAUCGAUCAGGAUCGGUGCCGCUCGGUCCCGUCUUUUGAACGAGUUAUUGGGCCGGGAUGGGCUGGUGUUGUGUGACAACGGUUUGGGCCUGGCUAGGACUGGGUAUGAGGCCCAGGUCCUCAGCCAGGUGACCGACCAGCCCGUCGCUGAGGCUAUCGGCAUGCAUGUGAUCAAGUCGACGAGGAGUUCGACUAGUCCUGCAGUUUCUCGUCUGGUUCCUUUGUCGAAGGCGGCUAGGGUUCCCAGGGUGGCCGUGCCGGGCUUCCCUCGGAUUGGACUCAGGAGGGCUGCGAGGGUGCGACCUGCUGCGGCCAUGGCCUGUCGGGGCGCCGGUCCUCCGCCCAAACCUCCACCGCCCAAGCCUGCGCCGCCCAAGCCGAAGGCCGUGCCUCCGUUGCCCGGUGGGGCGACGCGGCAGGCUCCGCCUCCCCAUAAGAUUGCGCCGCCGCCACAAAGCAGGGCAGGGAAUCAGCAGGCACCCACCCUGCCGCCGCCUAAUGGGGGUCCGCCUCCUGCAGCCAGGGCCGCACCAUCGGCGCAGCAGGGAUGUGGCUCGUCGGGGCACCAGUGA